AAAAAGAGGAGGAUUGGCAGUGGAUGUUAGCUUAGGGCUAAUCUUCCUCAAAAAGAAAAAAAAGAUACUAAAGUCAAUGAGGUUACAUGGGAGGAGUCUAAUUCAAGAAAGCCAAAAUGCCUUCACAGACCUUAAAAAUCUGUUCAUAAAUAUGUUAAUUUUAAAAAGGGAUGCUUAUCUAUUAAUUAAAUAUUAAUUAUCUAUUAAUUAAUCCUCCCCCCCUCCAACACAUAUACACACAGAGCCCUUACUUGGCAGCCUUAAAGAUGACCACGUGUAUAUAAAAGUGAAGACACUUCUGUGUUCUAAUGAAAGGCUUGAGUUGCACCAGCUGCAGGGUGUCCCCAGGGCGGGACAGGUCUGUGGGGUUGGGGUGCAGCGCUGGUCCUCAUGGAGCUUUCUCUGUCUUCGCCUCUCCAGGUGCCCCCUUUCAAAGGUCUCAGCAUCCGCACGCUACCUCCUGCCGCCACUUCCACCUGGGCCCCCCGCAGCCGCAGCAGCUCGCGCCCGACUUCCCCCUGGCCCACCCCGUGCAGUCGCAGCCGGGCCUCAGCGCCCACAUGGCCCCGGCCCACCAGCACAGCGGCGCCCUGCACCAGUCGCUAACCCCGCUGCCCACCCUGCAGUUCCAGGACGUCACAGGUCCCUCCUUCCUACCUCAGGCCCUGCACCAGCAAUACCUCCUGCAGCAGCAGCUCCUGGAAGCCCAGCACCGCAGGCUCGUCUCGCACCCCAGGCGGAGUCAGGAGCGUGUGUCUGUCCACCCCCACCGCCUCCAUCCAAGCUUCGACUUCAGCCACCAACUCCAGACGCCUCAGCCCAGGUAUUUGGCUGAGGGCACCGACUGGGAUCUCAGUGUGGACGCCGGCUUGAGUCCUGCUCAGUUCCAGGUGCGGCCCAUCCCUCAGCACUAUCAGCAUUACCUAGCGACUCCUCGAAUGCACCACUUCCCCCGAAACUCCUCCUCCACGCAGAUGGUCGUCCAUGAAAUCCGAAACUACCCUUACCCUCAGCUUCACUUCCUUGCUCUCCAGGGACUGAACCCCAGCAGACACACCUCUGCCGUGCGGGAGAGCUACGAGGAGCUGCUGCAGCUCGAGGACAGGUUGGGAAAUGUGACUCGGGGAGCUGUACAGAACACCAUUGAGAGGUUCACCUUCCCCCACAAGUACAAGAAGCGAAGACCCCAGGAUGGCAAGGGCAAGAAGGAAGAGGGGGAGGAGUCAGACACAGAUGAGAAAUGCACAAUCUGUCUGUCUAUGCUGGAAGAUGGAGAAGAUGUGAGGCGCCUACCCUGUAUGCAUCUCUUUCACCAACUGUGCGUGGACCAGUGGCUUGCCAUGAGCAAGAAAUGCCCCAUCUGCCGAGUGGACAUUGAGACACAGCUGGGAGCUGACAGCUGAGGGAAGAGUUAGCCAGUGGACGCCCCAUUUUCCUUCACCAGGUCCCCCCACGGCCAUAGCCCUUGCAGCCAAACUUUGCCUUCUGAGCCAUUUGAUGUAGAGGAUAAGCCUGCAAGCACAUUUUGUGGACAGAGGAGUUGGUGGUAUCAGUGUCUGAGGGAAAGGAGGGGGUGGAGGGAGGACCACCCAUCCAGAAUGGUGACUGCCCCCAUCCGCCUUGCCGAGUGGGAGGGAGGGAGCUGGCCGUGCCCGGAGCAGGGGUGGGAAGGGGGGGCCCACGCUGCUGAGAAUCUUGAUGCGAUCCUGAAGGUCCUAGCUGAUAGACUGGCCCCUCAAUCCUGUCCUUUGAAGGAUUGUAUAUAUACCUCUCGACCACGUAGAAACCAUGUAGGGGUCUCUAGCUAUUUCUGUGGAUGGCAGCCGGAGCAUGUUAGCUUAAGAAAAAUGUCGUGUGUGGUGCUCUAGUCAUCUUGUGGUGGACAUGUCGCUAUUACCGAAUUCGCACCAAAUAUUUCUCAUUGAGUUUCUUGUUUUGGUGCCUGACUGAACCAACCAACGACAGCCCAAAUCUUCCCGUCUUUAGGAGAGAAAAGGAAAAAGGAAUCAAAAGUGAAAAAAAAAAAGCCAAAUUCUGUUUACGGUGAAAACCAAUUUUUUUCACCCAGAUUGGGAGGCGGGAGGGGGGGUUCUCGUGUUUUUUGGUUUUGUGUUUUCCUUUGCUUUUUUUUUUCUCAUGUUUACAGUGCAUGGAGUGUGGAGAGGGGCAUCUGGGAAAGGGCAGAACUGGAAAUGGAGCAGAUAGGGGACUUAGAUGGGCUUCUGAGGGGCUCAGCCGGGGUUGGGAAGGCAGAGUUUGAGUAGGUGAAGGGGAGAAUUCUGUCUUGAAAGAGGGCUCCCCAGUUUUGGAGCCCAUCUACUGAGCUCCAGCCAUCCCCCUGGCUUUAGCCAGAGUUGCCCCAGGUCCCUCAGAGCCAGGAUGCCCCUCAUGCCAGCUUCUUCCUUAUGGCUGUGCUCAUGCCCUGUCACAAAGAGGCAAUUUGGCCACUGCCUCCCUAUGCAAAAAAUUAACCGAUGCUGAAGACAAGAUAGCAUACGUGAUGGACACUUGGUCUUGGCCAGAGUACUCUCCUCUAGCACUCAGGGGCUGAGGUCAAACUCUGUGGACCUUGAGGAGGACCUUCAGCUUCUUUUGGAAUGUCUCAAAUCCUGCUGGAGUCCCUCCGAGAUGGCCCCGGCCCUGAGACUGCACUGGCUGGGUUUGGGGGGUCCUGUGUCCCUAGCCUCUGACUCUUUGAUAACCGUGGGCAAGUCCCUCUCUCUGUGCCUCAGUUUCCUUCUCCUGAGAGUGGGGAGAAACAACAGUGCAUCCCCACUUCCACUUCCUCUACCUCACCUAGAUGUUGUGAGGAUUAACAGUAUCUGCCCAAUGCAUCCUAUGCUCUCUCCUGGGAACCUCCUUAAGGUUUAGGGAUGAGGGGUGGUAGGAGAGACAGACCUGGAGGUUCCAAGUGACACCACCCAGGUGUCUUUCUGCACCACCACACAAUUUUUCUGAACCUCCAAGGGAGCAGAGAUGGGAGGACUGAAGAAUGGAGAUAGGAAAAUCCACCAAAUUCCAACCCCAACCCAACUUUAUCCACACGUGGAAAACACCAGCUCAGCUGGAAUUCCACUCUCUUCUUUUGCCCCUCCCCCUCUCCCGAAUUUGCACUGCCCUCAAAGCUUCCCUCCCCUCACCCCCUACUCCAGUCUCAAUGCCCUUCUAUCAAUAAGAGAAGACUAAGAAGGACCAGAUACUUAUCACAUAGAUGAAGAAGUUCCAUAAGGUUUAGGAAAUCUGAGUUUGCACUGCUGCUACAAAGGGUAAAAUCAGGACCAAAGGGCAAAUGACUGGGAGGCAGAUUUUGGCUUGAGGCAGAACCUUCCAGGACAACCAGAGCUGUCAGGUGGAAGGAUGGCUGCUCUGGACACCUGCAGGCAGAGAGUGGGGACGUGGCUUCCGGUAGGAGGGCUACUCAAGGAUCUUACUCAGACUAAGGCAAUCUUGACUGAGGUGCUGGGAGAGACAAUGGCAAAGAAGACAAUAUCUCGCCCUGAGGAGCUUCCAGUCUAGCUGAGGAGCCAAGAUACAAACAGGUGCAAAAAUGGUGAAUAGUCUGAUUCAGGGUUAACAUCAGCGAGCCUUACAUUGUCCCAUUCAGUGAUUCCGGUAUGUGAACAUUGUCUCCAGGGUGGUGGAGACCCCACCAAUGGGGGCAGCACUUCUGAGUCAGGAUUUGGAGCAAGCUAGUUACCAGUGGCCACAGGAAGCUGGGAAUACUUCCAACCCUGCUUUGAUGCAGAGGCAGCCAAGGUGGUCUGGGCAAGGGCACGCUCCUCUCAGUCUCGGCUUCUCUCUGAGGCUGGUUUCAAAGGCUAGCAGGUAGAGGGAGUCAGUGAGGAGGCCAGAUGGAAUGAGAGCUGGUGCCCCGGGGUCCCGUCUUGGCUCUUCACUGACAAAGUGGGCCACGUUAGAAACCCUCUUCGUCUCUCUGGGCCUCAGUUUCCUCAGCUGUAACACAAGGAGGUUGGAUUGGACGCUAAAUUCCCUUUCAACACUCAUUCUCUGAUCCUCCCUAACAUCGACGCAUCUUUCAAGUCAGUAGAGCUGCGUGCCAACUGAGCUAUUGAAAAUGACUUUCUGUGGACACCAACAUCUAUUUCCCAGGCCAAGAGUCGGGUGUGUGCCCUCCUUCCUCCGGAUUCUCUGCAGGCUCCCUGAGUGCCCCAGGCUAACAUGAGGCACUGACUGGGUUGGGGGUCUUCUGGGGGGAAGAGGUCAGCUGCUGACUUUGGGGGUAGAUCCCGAAGCCCCUCUCCUCCCCAUCUCUCUGGGGCCCCUGUACCCUGCAGGUGGGCACAGGAGGUGAGUGGACUCAUGCUCCUCCCAGCUCCCGGCUUCCUUAGGCAGGCAGCCCGGCAGCCAUCCCGGGGAGAGGAGUCGGGAGAGGGUUGUGCUUCCGCUCCCUUGAGACCCCCUGCCAAUUGUCCGCGAGCCUGGGAAGAGCGGAGAAGAGGUGGGCUCGGGCCUCGGCAUCUGGCACCCACCACCUCCAGGAGAGAAGACCCCUGGUAGUCCUCCUUCUGCUCAACUCAAGGGACUCAAACCCUUUCUUGACUGAGACGUAUGAGUGCCUUCUGGGGCGAGAGCUGCCCCAGGAUUCCAGUUGGGCCUCCUAGCCGCAGCCCUGGCCGCAGCGGGCGCACCGAGGACGCCAAUCAAUGAAACCAACGCCACGAGCCCGGCUGGCGCGGGCAGAGGCGCCGGGGUCGGGGGGCCGCGGGCUCCUCCGCUAGCCGGGACGCCCUCGGGCCCUGAAGCCCUUGCUCACCAUCUGUGGCGGGACUCAAGCUCCUCUUCUACAAAUGUUCCCAGCCUCCGUGCAAGUAUUCUUAACUCUUUACGCCUAAUGAACAAGCACAGUUUUUUCAACGGUGAAGAAAAAGCACCAGAUUUUUUUUUUUCUUGAAGAAAUCCCCCAAACCCUCCGCCUGCCGGCGGGACAAACACUCCCCGCGUGGGGCUGUAGCAACGUCUGUCAGGUCCCCUCCUCGUGUUUCAUCUCCUGCGCGCGUAGAGCAAAUGCUAGAGCGAUUUCAGCUGAUAGAAAAACAAAAAUGAAAAAAAAAAACACAAAAAACAAAAAACAUGGCACGUUGCUAGUUUACAGGGUUUUUGUGAGUUUAAAUGCCUUAUAUUUAACAAUCAUAAUUUAUGACUAACUUGUAGAUAUCGUGGGUUCUUAUUUAAUUAUUUUUAUAGUUGUUUUGCAUUUUUAAUUAUAAUUUAUUUAUUUAGAAAGGAUACUAAUUUUUUUUAUUACUCCUAUUACCUCAUUUUGGCAUUGUCCCUGGGAGUGGAAUGCUUUGCAUGCAUUGGUACGAUGACAAACAACUACGAAUACAAAAAAAAAUUUAAAAUAAAAUUCUGCGAACUUUAUUUCGUCCAAACUAUCAGGGUGUGUGAUUGCAAGCUGUCCUACUGUGGUGCUGGCCUCUUUUGGAUACAUUCCAUACGAAAUGCAAAACUUUGAUUCUGUAUGCUGUGAUCUAGUGAAAAACUCCAAUAUAGUGACUGUAUUUAGCACAUAUAUAAAUAUAAUUUGCACUCGUCAGCAGACUGGGGUAAUCCUUUCACUUGCUACCUGCCCCCCACCCCCAUCAUUAACCUGUUUUUCCUUCUUCCCUUAACUUCGACCCACCCUGCCUUCAUCUUCUGGGGAAAGUCAAGGGCCACUGGACGUCACUCUUUCCCCCCCGGGCUCCAAAUCUCUCUGGUUCCAGAAUUGGGCCCUUCGGACACAGCCAGCAGGAGUAUCUGAAAGCCAAAAAGCUUGAUUUAUUAGAAUGAGACUAACUGGGGUUUUCAGACCAGCUCUGCUGCAAACCGCCCUCUGACCUUGAGCAAGUCACUUGGCUUCCCCCAGUCUCAGUUUUCUGGGCUGGGUGAGCUGGAGGAUCUCUCGGGUCCCUCAGACUCGGAUAGAGUAUAACCCAGAUCCGGUGGGAGACCGCCACGCUGUGCUAUCUCACCCUCUCAGGAGAGAGGAGAGGGAAGGAGAGAGGAAAAAGGGAGGUGGGAAGGAAAGAGAAAAGGAGAGGAAGAGAGUGGACGGAGGAUUUAUCCAGCAGAUUUGCUCAAAGGAGAGAUCCGGAAGGGUUUUUGUCCUUUUAUAUGCUACAUCCUGUGGGUGACAGAGAGGAGGUUAGGUGGACGCAUCCCUGGACACGGGACAUGGCUUUCACAAGGCCAUUUGGAGAGUGAGCUGAAGUCCACAUCUUGUUGGAUAUGGGAAUGGGGGAGGCAGAAUAUAAGCCCCAAACCGUGGUGUUUGGGAUUGGCACCCCUGUCCUAUCAUCUCUUGGAGCCUUUGUUGUUGAGGCAUCACCCUUGACAACAGGUUGGGACAACAGAUUUUGGACUCUGGUCUCUCCUCCCCAGCAUCUCCUCCUUCACCCUCUGCCAGUGCUCCAUGGGAGCUGUGGGCAGGAGAGGCUGCUGUGGAGGACGGGGUGGGGUGGGCGCUCCAGUCUCACUGCCCCCAAGGAGAAGUGCUGGGGGAGGGUUUGGGGAAGCAGUGGCCUCAAAGGCUGGCACAGCAGUGAGCCCAGAUGCCUUUGAGCCAAAAGGAGAGAGAGGAGGUCCAUGCACGCGGGAGGAGCUUCUGAGCAGGCUUAGACCCUGGCCAGGAAUGGGAGGACCACUCCUGUGCUCUCUGCGUGUCUGCCUCCUCCCUCCUCUCCUCCUUCCCUUCCUUUCCAGCUCAUCCUUCCCCCUUGCCUCUCGAUAUCACUGCCUUUGCCUGGUGGAAAAGUCCACCCUCCACAUGAGGCCCCCUGCGAUGGUGCUGAUGGGGGAGGAAGCGGAGGCCUGGAUUCACCACACUGCCUGGCCAGGCCCCUAAGCCCCAACUUUGCUCUGGCUGGUCUAUGGGUCCCGUUCCCUGGGCUUCCUGCCUGCUGCCUGCCCAGCUUCCCUUUCUGCCUACACCCUGGAAGCUUGUCUUCUCGUUUUGCUUGGAGGCGGCCUGUGGAGCGGCCCACGGGGACCCAUGACCACCACACUGCCGGGCCUGGCAGAUACUGCCCCCUUGGCAGGGCUCCUGGACGGACAUGCCUUAUGCUGCUCUGCAGGGUCAGAGUGGGAAGGGGCCCUUUGCCCUGGCUGGUCCGUCCCUCUCCCCGCCCAGCCCCAUCCCCACCCCCAGGCCCAGCCCCACCUCUGGCCUUGGAUCUGGCUCCUUUCUCAGCUAUGGAGCCUAUAUCACCAGGCCCUCCAGGGGGUAAUUUGGUUGCCCCUGGUAAGUGAAAGGAUUAUCCUCAGUGUUGAUUGUCCUUUUUUGUAAUCCUCCUGCUGUUCUGUUCUGUUGUGCUGUGCAACAUUUUGCUACAUAGACUAUUUUAUAGCAGAAAGCUAGAAGAAUAUUUAUUAUGAAUAUUAAAGCAAUAGUGCACCAAUGAAAAGGCGGAGACAUUAGGAAUUGUGUAAAUGCUUAGAUUCACUUUUGGUGGAUUUUUUGUACUUUAUUUAUAACUAAUAAAAAUGAACUGCAUUGCUAACUA